CAGCAUCUAUGGAGAGGAACUAAUACAAGGCUCAGGGCUCAAAGGUAGCUUAAAGAAGACUGUUGACUGUAUCAACACUGGAAAUGAUUCUGCUAUUGUGUUGUUGAGCAACAUCAGGAAAGAGCUUGAAAGAUUGAAGUGAAACCUACAGCCACAGAGGAAUGGAUGGGACACAAAUGAAGAAAGAGGUGGAUGACAGGAAGAAGAAGACACAGGAGGAGAUGGUGCACCUCAGGAGAAAGAUCGGCUUGCUGCCUGCUGUGUCCUUCAUCAUUGGUACAGUGGUGGGCAGUGGGAUCUUUAUCGCACCCAAGGGAGUCCUGAUGAACAGUGGCAGUGUGGGGCUCUCUCUGCUCGUGUGGGUGCUGAGUGGAGUCCUUUCAAUGUUUGGGGCUUUGUGCUAUGCUGAACUGGGCACCAGUUUUACAAAAUCAGGGGGCCACUACACUUAUCUACUGGAGACACUGGGGCCACUGCCUGCCUUCUUACAACUUUGGGUGGAGUUCUUAUUUGGCAGGCCGGCUUCAGCUUGUUAUGUAUCACUGGCUUUUGGCCGCUAUGUGGUGGAGCCGUUCUUUGCACCUUGUCCUGCUCCCACAGUACUAAUCAAGCUGGUCAGCAUCCUCCUACUUUCUGCUUGUCUUUCAGGAAAGACAGAGAAUUUCCAGAAAGGCUUUGAAAUUGAUUCAUUAACACUGGAUAAGUUGCCACUGGCCUUUUAUAAUGGUCUAUAUGCCUACAGUGGAUGGUUUAAUCUGAACUAUGUCACAGAAGAAGUCAUAAACCCAAAUAGAAACAUCCCACUAGCAAUAAUCUGCUCCAUGGUGACAGUGACAGUUUUUUAUGUGCUUGUUAAUGUGGCCUACUACACCAUGAUAUCUCCUGCUGAGCUGCUGCUGUCUGAUGCCGUGGCUGUGAUGUUUGCCAACCGCAUGCUCCACGGACUGACUGCUGUGAUUCCCGUUCUUGUGGCUCUAUCCUGCCUUGGAACACUUAAUAGUGACUUCUUUGCAGGAUCCAGGAUGCUGUUUGUAGGAGCCAGGGAGGGCCACUGGCCACCAAUCUUUUCCAUGAUUCACAUUCACAGACAUACACCUUUGCCUGCUGUGCUGUUACUGUACCCCUUGACUGUGUUGAUUGUGAUCGUUGGAGAGAUCUACCAGCUCAUCAAUGUUGUCUCCUUUGGCAGCUGGUUUUUCAUGGCCUUGGCAACCUUGGGGAUGCUCAUCCAUCGGUACCACUUCCCCCUCCACCCAAGACCUUUCAAAGUGCCCGUGGCCAUCACAUUCAUCUUCACAGUGGUUUGCUUCUUCACUGUGGGUAUGUCUCUGUAUUCAGACCCCUGGAACACAGGGAUAAGCUGUGCUCUCACACUGACUGGAGUCCCAGUUUAUUAUUUGACUGUCCACCGCUUCCGCCUGCCCCACAGAUGGAGACGCAGCUUCAACUACUGCAGCUUAGAGCUGCAGCUCCUUCUAGAAGUGGUUCAACAGGAAGUCCAGACAUACUGAACACCCCAAAGACAUCCUGCUUUCUGUUCACAGACUUUGUGGUUACCAGCUGAAGCACUGCAAGAAGCUUCUUUGUUUGUACAGAAGUUUAAACCAGUAUGUUUUAAGUGUCAGUUGUAAUACAUUAAGAAUUUUAAGUUAUAUUUGCAAAAAAACUCUUGAACCUACACUAGAGAAAAUGAAAAUCUGACUUUUUUUCAUAAAAUUUGGCCCAAUUAUUUUAAGAUAACUUACUAAUGCUAGAUACUUUUCAGGGCCAGUUUCUAACACCCAUUGGAACCGGAAUAAAACACAUUCUUCUCUAUCACUGUCCUUCUGUAUGACCAUCUACUUAAGAUAGUCUUUUGUUAUUUACAAUGUUCUGUAUGGACCAACAGUAAUUUUAGAAUAAGAAAGACAAUCUCUAAAGGGUUCUGACCUGUGCAAUAAUCAUGCUGUCUAAUCAGCAUCUUCACAGAUUUGUGAACAAUAUUUGAGAGAAAUAGGUCUUUUGUGUACAUACUAGAACAAGUCAUAGAUUUUUGAAUUCAGCUCAUGAAAAAUGGGGGGAAACACAAAAGUGCUGCGUUUAUAAUUGUGUUGAGUGUAAAUAACUGUUAGGACUAUCAUUAAUGUUAUGUUGCUACUUUUAUUAUUCCAUUAGAAUGAUUUUUUUCUUCUUUUCUUUCACUGUUGCAGCUGUUGUUUUAUGUCUGUGAAACCUGUCAGCCUGUCAACCACUUGCUUUUAAUGGGAAUAUUGCUAAUA